AUGAGUCUGCCAGACUUGCUGACGGCGGAAUGCGACGAGGUAGGACCCAGUUGCAUCCCAGAGGGGUCAUCGUCGGUGCGGGGGUUCUGUGCUUGGAGUAAGACGGCAGCAAUGUCGGUGCAAAAUGCCGUUGUCACGGAUUUGGCGUGGUGGGCCGAAGGAGAUACAGUCCUGAAGCACCAAUUCAUUCUGCUUCGACUCGAACACCAACCCAAGGACAAGAGCCUGGAGGACAGCACAUUUCCCAACUUCUACGAUAUCAAGAUCGAAAGACUGGGAAAGCAUUUCCCAAGUUUCUCGAUGCUUGCCUCAGACACCGUCACUGUCGAACGUGUACCACCUUUGCUCGCUUGGAAGUCGCGGUUUCUGCGUGACCAUGUUUUGUUCUUCGCCCAUGUCUCCCACCUGAGCUUCGUCUUGCCCGCAACGUACAUGGAAGUGACCAAAAUACCUCCCUUAUAUUUAUAUCGAGCCUUUAACGAUGCUCUUGACCAACAUCGUUGUGGUCCCCCUCUACUUCUGCGAGACCUGACGCGUUAUCUCGAGAUACUUUCUGCGCAAAGUCCUAAUUACAGUCUUACCUCAAGCAACUGCUUUUGGUAUGCCCGACUUCUCUUCCACAUCAUCUCCCUCCGACACUACUCUUUCCCAAUCCUGGCGACCUCUUUCCCUCCAGAAAAAUACCUCAUUCCUCGCGGUCGACGAAUUCCUGCGGACCAAAUGAAGCAAAUCGCGCAAUCACAGGACUGGCUGACACAUGACCCCUCAUCUACCGGCCACAUAUUUCGUUUCCUCCACUAUGAGGAGUGGAGAAAUGGCAUCCUCAUGUAUCGGCGACUCAUUCGGUUCCUAGCGGCGGCUAUCAUCGUUGCAACUACGGUGGCCGUCUCAUAUGGACUCUUCCGCGGCUUCUUACUCGGCAACUCGCGCAAGUCAAGUGUAGCAUACGCUGUCCUCUGUUCGGUUCUCCCCUUGUUUGUGGGGUAUGCCCUUAGCUUUGUCGCGGUCCGGAACGCCGUCACGAUCCUCACGCAAUGGCAGAUCAGGAGAAAAAUGGAGACACUUCUUCAGGAUUUGGGCACUGCGGAUUACACCCCACCACUGUUUCCACUCAAGUCCGUUGCGCAGCGCGUGUUUUACUCCAAAAAAUAUCAAACCUAUCGGUGGUUCGUGCCCGCAAGAGUCGCAGGCGAUAAUAAGUACUGGUCACCAUACGAUGCCGCGCGUCUUCAGGCAUACACGCGCAUUGAACAUGUCGAUGGUCUUACCGCCCAAGAUGUCCUUCAAGAUAACUUAUGUCCUCAGCUCGUGCAUGCUUGUGCUACCUUCAAAUCUCGGGACGCUGCGAAGACAGAAGGAUGUCUUGUCCUGCUAAACACCCUCGCAGAGACACCCGAUGGGGCCCAAGCCAUCGUCGACGCCGGCCUGCUUCUCGUGGCGUAUUCCCUGUUUCGGGAUUCGCCGGAACAGAACCGUGAUUUGGUGGAGGAACUGCUCACCAAACUAGGGCAGCAUCCGCAAACCGCCUCCGUCGUCAAGUCGUGUCUUGUUUGCUUCGAGUUCCGGGGUGUGAUGGGUCUGUGGAUAGUUAUUCCCGAGAUGGGACAGCGAUAUUUGCGGGGGUGA